UCCACUCAACUUGGUAGAUCUAACUAGUUUAAGCAUAUGAUUGUGACAUGCAUAGAGCAUCGUAUUCUGUUUUGAAGCAUGGACAGAACAGUCUUUUUAUCAACAUAGAAGUUGUGGAGUUUAGAAUCCACGUCCCAUGUCCAUGAUGACCACACCCUUAGUUGUCCAAGGUUGUCCCACACACUUCUCCACGUUCAUUUGCCUUCACUCGCUUCUCUACUUCUCUUUCUUUUCACCACCACCACACUUGCCGACAAGCCACUACUCUCUUCAGCCUUUCCAUACGCAAAUCUCACUUUCUCUCUCUCACACACACAUACACAAACGUAAGCAAUGGAAAACAAAAACUUUCUAUGUACUAUAGAAGAAAUGGAUAGUCUUUGGUUUCACAAACUCGUUUUUUUCUCACAGCCAAGUCCAACAGCAUCAGUUAUUUCCUUACCAUCUCCACCAGAUGAAGAAAAACCUAUUCCCACAUCAGAAUCUGCGUCUUGCUCAUCCUUCAUUCUUUCUUCCCCACCUCCACCUGAUGAAGAAACUUCAACGGAUGAAUCAGCUUCUUCAGAGAAACCACUCCCAUCAGAAUCAAUAUCCGUUCUUCUUCAGGAUGGAUCAAUCAACAAUGAAGAAGAAACAAAGGAAAGAUUGGCCAGAAUGGACCUUUUGUUGGGUAGCAAAACUCGUUCGCACUCAACCUCCCCAUCAACUCAAAACCGUCACAGAAAAUCGAGGAAUCUGGUUACUUGUGCAAGGAAACUGCAGAAAUCCGUAAGCUGCAGAACUUUUGGGGAACUAGAACUUGAUGAAGUAAAGGGUUUCAUGGAUCUUGGUUUCACAUUCGAGAAAGAAUAUCUAAGCCCAAGAAUGAUGAGCGUUGUUCCGGGCUUGCAGAGACUGGGUGUUAUGGAUUCGAAAGAGACGGUUGAAGGACAUUACAUGGAAGCAGAGGAAGAAAAGAGAGAUAUCAUGAGACCAUAUUUAUCAGAGGCAUGGCUUAUAAAGAGACCAGAUUCCCCACUACUAAACAUGAAAAUUCCCAAACGUUGUUCAUCCGCAAAUAUGAAGAAACAUCUUCGGUUCUGGGCUAAAACUGUGGCCUCAGAAAUCCACCAAAAAUGAGUUACGGUCCAUAUAUGAGCAGCCGCCACAUGUGACAUAACAUGUCACAGCCAAAUAAUUGUAUGUUAAUAAAAGCAUGAUGAGAGAGGUAGGUGGUGCAACGUGAAUGCUGAUUUCUUCCAUCUCCUUUUUGUUUGCUAUGCAAUAAAAGGGAAGGUUCUUAUUGGAACCAAAUGUGGAGGCUUAGUUAAUGAGUUUGUUGUGAUGAGGAAUACUAGUUAGGUAGAUAAAGCAGGAAGAAGAUAAACACAGACAACAGAAAGAGUGACCCUACAACUAUGAUGUGGUUUUGCCUCACAAGUGGGGUUUCAAGAAUUCACAAGCUGUUCCAUUGUUUUUUGUUGGCGUAUGUGACCGAAGAAAUCGUUCUCGGUGUCAUGUCUGGCUUCUUUCUUCUUAUUACAUCAAUCAAACAAUGGUUUUUCCCCUGCU